GCCCGACCGGCCUGCCCCACUCCUCCUGGCUCGGCCCUUCGCCCUCUUCUUCAUUCACUAGUCGGAGCCCGCUCGCGGACCGACCAUGUCUGGCGGCGCCGCCGACAAGCAGAGCACUAGCCCGAGCGCUCUGUUCCUCUCGCCGCCGGCGCCCGCCCCCAAGAAUGGCUCCAGCUCGGAUUCCUCGGUGGGGGAGAAGCUGGGGACGGCGGGCCCCGACGCCGGCCCGGGCCGGACGGAGGAGUACCGGCGCCGUCGCCACACGAUGGACAAGGACAGCCGCGGGGCGGCGGCGACCACAACCACCACGGAGCACCGCUUCUUCCGCCGGAGCGUCAUCUGCGACUCCAACACCACGGCGCUGGAACUGCCGGGCCUCCCGCUGCCUGUGUCCCAGCCCAGCGUCCCCGCCGUGCCGCCGCCCAGCGCGCCCCCGGAGCCGCCCCACCGCGAGGAACCCGGGCCCGCCACCGCCGCCGCUGCCCAGCUCGCCCGGGCGCCUGCAACCGCGGUGGCCCCGGGGGAAGCAGCCGCCGUGGGACCUGCCGCCGCCGCCCCCGUCCCCAGUAGUUCAAGCCAAGAGCGCCUGGCCUCCCAGCCCAGCCCGGGGGGCAGCAAAGAGGAGGCCCCGUCCGGGAGAAGCGGCAGCGGCGGCAGCCGGGAGCCCCUGGAGGAGCGCAGCCAGCAACAAGAUGACAUCGAAGAGCUGGAGACCAAGGCCGUGGGCAUGUCCAAUGAUGGCCGCUUUCUCAAGUUUGACAUCGAGAUCGGCCGAGGCUCCUUUAAGACCGUCUACAAAGGUCUGGACACUGAAACCACGGUGGAAGUCGCCUGGUGCGAACUGCAGGAUCGAAAGUUAACAAAGUCGGAGAGGCAGAGAUUUAAAGAAGAGGCUGAAAUGUUAAAAGGUCUUCAGCAUCCCAAUAUUGUUAGAUUCUAUGAUUCAUGGGAAUCUACAGUAAAAGGAAAGAAGUGCAUUGUUCUGGUGACUGAACUUAUGACAUCUGGGACAUUGAAAACGUACUUGAAAAGGUUUAAAGUGAUGAAGAUCAAAGUUCUAAGAAGCUGGUGCCGUCAGAUCCUUAAAGGACUUCAGUUUCUUCAUACUCGCACUCCACCUAUUAUUCACCGGGAUCUUAAGUGUGACAACAUCUUUAUCACUGGCCCUACAGGCUCAGUCAAGAUUGGAGACCUAGGUCUGGCAACACUGAAGCGGGCUUCUUUUGCCAAGAGUGUGAUAGGUACACCAGAGUUCAUGGCCCCUGAGAUGUAUGAGGAGAAAUAUGAUGAAUCCGUUGAUGUGUAUGCUUUUGGGAUGUGCAUGCUUGAGAUGGCCACAUCUGAAUACCCUUACUCAGAGUGCCAAAAUGCUGCGCAGAUCUACCGUCGCGUGACCAGUGGGGUGAAGCCUGCCAGUUUUGACAAAGUAGCAAUUCCUGAAGUGAAAGAAAUUAUUGAAGGUUGCAUACGGCAAAAUAAAGAUGAAAGAUACACAAUCAAAGACCUUUUGAACCAUGCCUUCUUCCAGGAGGAAACAGGGGUACGGGUAGAAUUAGCAGAAGAAGAUGAUGGAGAAAAGAUAGCCAUUAAACUAUGGCUACGUAUUGAAGAUAUUAAGAAAUUAAAGGGAAAAUACAAAGAUAAUGAAGCUAUUGAGUUUUCCUUUGAUUUGGAGAGAGAUGUGCCAGAAGAUGUUGCUCAAGAAAUGGUAGAGUCUGGGUAUGUCUGUGAAGGUGAUCACAAGACCAUGGCAAAAGCUAUCAAAGACCGAGUGUCAUUAAUUAAAAGAAAACGAGAGCAGCGACAGUUGGUGAGGGAGGAGCAAGAAAAAAGAAAGCAAGAAGAGAGCACUCUCAAACAACAGGUAGAACAACAAUCAAGUGCUUCCCAAACAGGAAUCAAGCAACCUUCUACUACUAGUACCGGAAUACCUACAGUCUCUGCCACUUCAGCGUCAGUUUCUACACAAGUAGAACCUGAAGAACCUGAGGCAGAUCAACAUCAACAACUACAGUACCAGCAACCUAGUGUAUCUGUGUUAUCUGAUAGGACAGUUGACAGUGGUCAGGGAUCUUCUGUCUUCACAGAAUCUCGAGUGAGCAGUCAACAGACAGUUUCAUAUGGUUCCCAACAUGAACCGUCACUUUCUACAGGCACAAUCCCAGGGCAUACAGCUUCUGUUAUUCAAGCACAAUCUCAGCCUCAUGGGGUAUAUCCACCAUCAAAUGUGCCUCAGUCCAUGGUGCAUCCGUGUGGGGGGACCCCAACAUACCCAGAAUCACAGAUACUUUUCCCAACUAUUCAUGAACGUCCAGUUUCCUUUUCACCACCUCCUACCUGUCCACCGAAGGUAGCCAUUUCCCAGCGGCGUAAGAGCACCUCCUUCCUGGAAGCCCAAACUCGCCACUUUCAGCCCCUGCUGAGGACUGUUGGCCAAAAUCUUCUUCCACCUGGUGGCAGCGCAACUAACUGGACACCAGAAACCAUAGUUAUGUUGGGUACAGCAGCCAAUAGAAUAACUGGAGAGCCAUGUGAGAUACAGGUCCAUCCUAUGCAUGAACCAACUCAAGCUUACAGUGACUAUAGAUCUGGACUAGUACCUCCAGAAGAAACUCAGUAUUUUAUUCCUCAGGAAGCAGUGUAUCUAGCUGGGUUACAUUACCAGGCCCAGGUGGCAGAACAGUUUGAUGGGAUUGCAUACAACUCACCAGUAUUGUCAAGUCCUUUGAAGCAGAUACCUGAACAGAAGACAGUACAAGGGGUUCCUCCUUCAAGUUCUGUCUUUGAAUUUCCAUCUGGACAGGCUUUCCUGGUAGGACACCUUCAGAAUUUAAGAUUAGAUUCUGGAGUGAGUCCAGGAUCUCCCCUCUCUAGUAUUUCUGCACCUAUCAGUACAGAGGCUACACAUUUGAAAUUUCACCCUGUCUUUGUACCUCACUCUGCGCCUGCUGUGUUAACUCAUAACAAUGAGGGCAGAAGCAAUUGUGUAUUUGAAUUUCAUAUUCACACACCAAGCUCCUCUUCAGAAGGAGGUAGAGUUGUACCUCAGCAUGUUUACCGAAAUCGGCAGGUUACAGUGGACUUGAAUCAAGAAGAACCACCUCCUCAAUCAGCUGGAUUACAUGGCCGCCUGCAGCCUGUGACUGAAGAACAGAGUAAUUACCAUGCCCCAGAACUGAGUGUUUCUGUGGUAGAGACUAUCGGACAGAACUGGCCAAUAGGAAGCCCAGAAUAUUCCAGUGAUUCCUCACAAAUUACUUCUUCAGACCCCAGUGAUUUUCAGUCACCUCCCCCUACAGGGGGAGCAGCUGCAUCUUUUGGCUCUGACGUCUCAUUGCCCUUUAUCCGUCUGCCUCAAUCAAUGAUGCAAGAAUCCCCACUUUUCUUCUGUUUCCCCCAAGGAACCACAUCUCAGCAGGUCUUAGCUGCUUCAUUUCCUACAGGAGGAUCUGCACUCCAUCCACAGGCACAGGGGCAGAGCCAGGGUCAGCCAGCCUCAAGUAACUUAUCAGGGAUGCAAUCUCCCCAACCCAUACAACAUCCUCAGCAGCCACAGGGAAUACAGCAGACAGCCCCUCCUCAGCAGAUAGUACAAUAUUCACUUCCACAGACAUCAACCUCCAGCGAGGGCACUGACUCUGUACAGCCAGUGAAUCAACCUCAAGUUCCACAGGUUUUGCCUCAAGCAUCAGCUGGAAAACAGCUUCCAGUUUCCCAGCCAGUACCAACUAUUCAAGGCGAACCUCAGAUCCCAGUGGCAACACAACCCUCAGUUGUUCCAGCCCACUCUGGUGCUCAUUUCCUCCCUAUGGGACAGCCACUCCCUGCUUCCUUACACCCUCAGUACCCUGUUUCCCAGAUUCCCAUAUCAACCCCUCAUGUGUCUACGACUCAGACAGGUUUCUCAUCCCUUCCCGUCACAAUGGCAGCUGGCAUUAAUCAGCCUCUGCUCACUCUGGCUUCAUCUGCUACAGCAGCUACAAUCCCAGGGGGAUCAACUGUGGUUUCUAGUCAACUUCCAACCCUUCUGCAGCCUGUGACUCAGCUGCCAAGUCAGGUUCACUCACAGCUCCUGCAACCAGCAGUUCAGUCCAUGGGAAUACCAGCUAACCUUGGACAAGCUGCUGAGGUUCCACUUCCCUCUGGAGAUGUUCUGUACCAGGGUUUCCCAUCUCGACUGCCACCACAAUACCCAGGAGAUUCAAAUAUUGCUCCCUCCAACGUGGCUUCUGUUUGCAUCCCUUCUACAGUCCUAUCCCCUCCCGUGCCCACAGAAGCAUUGGCUGCACCAGGUUACUUUCCUACAUUGGUGCAGCCUUAUGUGGAAUCAAAUCUUUUGGUCCCUGUGGGCAGUAUAGGAGGACAGGUUCAAAUGCCCCAACCAGCAGUGAGUUUAGCACAACAAGCCCCCCUUACAUCCUCCCAGCAAGCAGCUCUGGAGAAUACCCAGGGAGUCUCUCAGGUUGCUCCUCCAGAACCAAUUCCAGCAGCUCAGCCACAACCUACCCAGCCUACCACCUUGGUCUCUUCUAUAGACAGUGCACAUUCAGAUGUUGCUUCAGGUAUGAGUGAUGGCAAUGAGAAUGUCCCAUCUUCCAGUGGGAGGCAUGAAGGGAGAACUGCAAAACGCCAUUAUCGUAAAUCCGUAAGAAGUCGCUCUCGUCAUGAAAAGACUUCACGCCCAAAAUUGAGAAUUUUGAAUGUUUCAAAUAAAGGAGACCGGGUAGUAGAAUGUCAAUUAGAAACUCAUAAUCGGAAAAUGGUUACAUUCAAAUUUGACCUAGAUGGUGACAACCCAGAGGAGAUAGCAGCAAUUAUGGUGAAUAAUGACUUUAUUCUAGCAAUAGAGAGGGAAUCAUUUGUGGAUCAAGUGCGGGAAAUAAUUGAAAAGGCUGAUGAAAUGCUCAGCGAAGAUGUCAGUGUAGAACCAGAAGGUGACCAGGGAUUGGAGAGUCUACAGGGCAAGGAUGACUAUGGCUUUUCAGGUUCUCAAAAAUUGGAAGGAGAAUUCAAACAACCAACUCCUGCGUCUUCCAUGCCACAGCAAAUAGGUGUUCCUACCAGUUCUUUAACUCAAGUUGUUCAUUCUGCUGGAAGACGGUUUAUAGUAAGUCCGGUGCCAGAAAGUCGAUUACGAGAAUCACAAGUUUUCACCAAUGAAAUUUCUGAUACAGUUGCUGCCUCUACAUCUCUUAGCCCUGGAAUGAACUUAUCACACUCUGCUUCAUCCCUUAGUCUACAACAGGCCUUUUCUGAACUUAAACAUGCCCAAAUGACCGAAGGACCUAAUACAGCACCUCCAAACUUUAGUCAUAAAGGACCAACAUUUCCAGUAGUACCUUCUCCAGUGAGUAGCAUUGCUGGAGUCCCAACCACAGGAGCAGCCACAUCAUCAGUAUCAGUCCCUACAACUAGCAGCCUUCUUACUGACAUAUCCACAUCAGUAAUCCAGUCUGAGGUUACAGUGCCCACUGACAAAGGGGCUACUCAGGUUGUAGGAACUUUAGGUGGUCUUCCUAUACCAUCUGCGUCCGAGCCACCAGUUCUUACCAGUGUGGUUUCAAGCACCACAGUACCUAUAGUUGUCUCAGUAGCUGGAACAUCCCAGUCAGUUUUUGCCCCCACAUGUGGGAGCAUUGUUUCUAGUAUAGGCACUCUCCCCUCUAUAACAGUUUCCACUUUGACUUCUGUAGUGAGCAGCACUGCUGCUCCAGAUGUUAAGCCUCCAACAGUAUUAUCUCAACAGGUUGCAGGCAGUACUACUGGAGUAGCCACAGUAACAUCAGGUUCUAGCACCACUUCAUUCCCAAACAUAGCUUCACAGCCAUCCCUUCAGCUUAGCAGCAGCAGUUCUACUCCUGUUCUAGCUGAAACAGUGGUGGUUAGUGCACACUCACUAGAAAAAGCAUCUCAUAGCAGUGCAACUGGGUUAACUUUAGCGCUCUCUACACCAUCCUCCUCCUCAUCCCCUGGAGCUGGAGUGUCUAGUACUGUUACUCAACCCAGUGGGGUACAUCCUUUGGUCAUCCCAUCAGCUGUAGCUUCUGCUCCUGUCCUUCCCCAAGCAACAGGACCUAUUUCUGCACCUUUAUUACCCCAAGUGACCAGCGUCCCACCCUUAUUACAACCUGUUGUCAAUGUGCCUGCUGUACAGCAGACACUAAUUCAUAGUCAGCCUCAGCCAGCUUUGCUUCCCAAUCAGCCCCAUACUCACUGUCCUGAAAUAGAUGCUGAUACACAAUCCAAAGCUCCUGGGAUUGAUGACAUAAAGACUCUCGAGGAAAAACUGCGGUCUCUCUUCAGUGAGCAUAGUUCAUCUGGAACUCAGCAUGCCUCUGUCUCAUUGGAGACAUCACUAGUGGUAGAAACCACUGUCAUGCCAGGCAUCCCAACCACCGCUGUUGCACCUAGCAAACUCAUGACUUCCACUACAAGUACUUGCCUACCACCAACUAGUUUGCCAUUAGGAACAACUGGUCUGCCAGUGGUCACACCUGGGCAAGUUUCUACCCCAGCAGGCAGUUUUAUUUCAGCCCCAGUCAGCACAACAUCGGGAGUAAAACCUGGAACUGCUCCCUCAAAACCACCUUUAACUAAGGCUCCGGUGAUGCCAGUAAGUACUGAACUUCCAGCUGGUACUCCACCCAGUGAGCAGCUGCCACCUCUUCCAGGACCUUCACUAACUCAGACUCAGCAACCUCUGGAAGAUCUUGAUGCUCAAUUGAGAAGAACCCUUAGUCCAGAGACUAUUGCAGUGACUCCUGCUGUUGGUCCUGUGUCCGUGGUGGCUCCAACAGCAGCUUCGGAAGCAGGAGCACAUCCUCAGAAGGAUGUUUCUCAAGUCUCAGAAGGCCCUGGCCUAGCAGCUGGUUCAAGAGGUGGUAUUAUUAAGAUGGGACGAUUCCAGGUUUCAGUUACAAUGAAUGAUGCCCAGAAAGAGGGUAAAAAUAAGUCAGAAGAUGCAAAGUCUGUUCAUUUUGAAUCCAGCACUUCAGAGUCCUCAGUGCUAUCAAGUAGUAGUCCAGAGAGUACCCUGGUCAAGCCUGAGCCUAAUGGAGUAACCCUACAUGGUAUUUCUUCAGAUGUGCCAGAUGGUGCCUAUAAAGCCCCUCCCUCUGAGGCAAAGUCAGAAACUGGGCAGCCUACCAAUAUUGGACGCUUUCAGGUGACAACUACAACAAACAAAGUGGGUCGUUUCUCUGUAUCAAGAACUGAGGACAAGAUCACUGUGGCAAAGAAAGAGGGGCCAGUGGCAUCUCCCCCUUUUACGGAUUUGGCACAAGCUGUUCUUCCUGCUGUGAUACCAAAGAAAGAGAAGACUGAACUGUCAGAGCCUUCACAUCUGAAUGGGCCGUCUUCUGACCUGGAGGCUGCCUUCUUAAGUAGAGAUGUGGAUGAUGGUUCAGGCAGUCCACACUCCCCCCGUCAACUGUGCUCAAAGAGUCUUCCUCUCCAGAGUCUCAGUCAGAGCCUUAGUAAUUCAUUUAACUCCUCUUACAUGAGUAGUGACAAUGAGUCUGAUAUUGAAGAUGAAGAUUUAAAAUUGGAGCUGCGACGGCUACGAGAAAAACAUCUUAAAGAGAUUCAAGACCUUCAGAGUCGCCAGAAGCAUGAAAUUGAAUCUUUGUAUACCAAACUAGGCAAGGUACCCCCUGCUGUGAUUAUCCCCCCAGCUGCUCCCCUUUCAGGGAGAAGAAGACGACUCACUAAAAGCAAAAGCAGUAAAUCUAGUCGCAGCAGUUCCAUAGGAAAUAAAAGCCCCCAACUUUCAGGUAAUCUGUCUGUUCAGAGUGCAGCUUCAAUUUUGCACCCCCAGCAGACCCUCCACCCACCUGGCAACAUCCCAGAGACUGGGCAGAAUCAACUGUUACAGCCCCUAAAGCCAUCUCCCUCCAGUGACAACCUCUAUUCAGCCUUCACCAGUGAUGGUGCCAUUUCAGUACCAAGCCUUUCUGCUCCUGGUCAAGGCUGUGCGAAGUUUAACUGUGCAUCUGAGCAGGUGACAUUCAAACCUGGUGGCAGGAGGACCCGAUUUCUGAGGAAGAUGGUGAAAAAAGUCUGUCCUUGCAACCAGCUCUGUAGGACUAGCAGUACAAAUACCGUCGGGGGAGCAGUGAACAGCCAAGCCCCUCAAGCUCAGCCUCCUGCCUUGACAUCCAGCAGGAAGGGUACAUUCACAGAUGACCUGCACAAGUUGGUAGACAAUUGGGCCCGAGAUGCCAUGAAUCUUUCAGGCAGGAGAGGAAGCAAAGGACACAUGAAUUAUGAGGGCCCUGGAAUGGCAAGGAAGUUCUCUGCACCUGGUCAGCUGUGUAUCUCCAUGACCUCAAACCUGGGUGGCUCUGCCCCCAUUUCUGCAGCAUCAGCUACCUCUCUAGGUCACUUCACCACCAAGUCUAUGUGCCCUCCACAGCAGUACGGUUUUCCAACUGCCCCCUUUGGCACCCAGUGGAGUGGGACAGGUGGCCCAGCACCACAGCCACUUGGCCAGUUCCAACCCGUGCCAGCUGCCUCCUUACAGAAUUUCAACAUCAGCAAUUUGCAGAAAUCCAUCAGCAACCCCCCAGGUUCUAACCUGCGGACCACUUAA